UUGUGCAGUAAAAUGAAUUUGCGAGUGUUAAAUUGAAGAAAGGAGUUUUAAUUUGAAAAUUAAAUUUUAGCAAUAGAAUAAUGAUAUAAUACUGAAGACGAAAAAGCCGAGUUAGUCUUAUCUUAUCGAGAAAAAUUAUUCAAAUACGAACACAAAUCGGAGGACGUCUGAAAAUAAGCAGCCAGUCGAUCAGAGGUUACAAAAGCGUCGAAAUAUAAAAAUGGUUCAAAGAGAUGGAACUAAUUUGAAGAUAGAAGUGAAAAAUAAGCUUUUUACGCAAUGCAUAGCGACGGCAGGAGUGAUGGUAUUGAUCAUUCAAACCGGAAUAAUGGGUGGCUGGACCUCGCCAAAUAUGGCUCGCUUGACCAGCGAAAAUUCAACGAUCCCAAUAACUCUGUCGGAAGCGUCUUGGGUAGCAUCUUGCCUGAACUUGGGGAGAUUCGUCAGCGUCGUCCUCGUUCCGAUAUUUAUCGAGCUGGCCGGCAGUAAGAAGACGAUUCUCCUAUCGUUCCUGCCUGUGACUGCAUCGUGGAUAGUUUGCAUGAUAGCCAACAGCGCGAUGAUGCUGUACACUGCGAGAUUUUUGUGUGGCAUCACGUAUGGCUUGACGUACGGAUGUUUCUCCAUGUAUCUAGGGGAAGUAUCAGUGGCGGCGUACCGAGGCACCUUCGUUUCCAUAGCCAUGAUCGGCUGGCCACUCGGAUCUGUCAUCGGCACCAUAGCGGAAACUUAUCUGCCGAUGGCUGUCUCUAGCUCGAUAUACUUGGCGCAGUGCUUGGCGGGAAUAAUGAUACUCAUCUGGUUGCCUGACUCGCCUUACCAACUGGUCAAAAAUAAGCAACUCGACAGAGCUCGAGAAUCUCUGGCCUGGUAUCGAGGCCACUCCAACACGGAGCAAGAAAUGGAUAAAAUUCUAGAAUUUAUCGAGUCCAACGCCAAGCAGACGUUCGGAGAGAGGAUGCAACAGCUCGGAUCGAAGCCAGUCCGAAGGGCAGUUUUCAUCGUAGUGAUAAUCUUUGCAUUUCCCCAAUUAGUCGGUCUGUUUAACGUAUUUUACUACAUGGAGCUCAUUCUAACCAACGGCAAAUCUUUUCUGGUCGAGCCCAGCGAAUUCGUAAUCUACGCGAACCUCGUUUUGUUUGCGUCCACCGUGGCGACCGCAAAUCUGAUUGAUAAAUUGGGCAGGCGAGUGCUGCUAAUGGCCUCGGGCCUCGGGGUGACCGUGGCGCUGGCCGGACUCGGUCUCCAUUACUUCUUGCUGGGAAACGCUCGAGUGGACCCGGUCAGCAUGCAAUGGCUACCAGUUGCUUCGAUAGUGCUCUUUGUGAUUACGUACACGGUCGGCUUUCUGACGGUGCCCAGCACCGUGCUCGGCGAAAUGUUCCCGGCCAACAUUAAAAGCACGGCAGCCGGUUUCACCAGUCUCACUUCGGCCCUUCUAGGGUUUCUCGCGUCGAAGGCUUAUCAACCGAUGGUCGACGCCAUCGGCGAAGCCUACGUUUUCUGGAUUCACGCUCUCUUUUCCGCGCUGGCGGUGCCUGUCGCGCUAUUCUUACUGCCGGAGACAAAGGGCAAGAGCUUUCAAGAAAUCCAAAUUGAUCUUCACAAAAAGUAACU